AUGUGUUUGUGUUCCAGGGAGGAGAGGAACCAGACGCAGGUGUUGCGGGCGCAGCAGGACGAGGCCUACCUGGAGUCGCUGAGAGCCGACCAGGAGAAGGACCGGAGGAAGAAGGAGGAGCAGGAGAAGGUCCAGGCGGAGGAGGAGAAGGUCCGGCAGACCGUCCUGGCCGAGGAGAGGAGGAAGAGGAUGCUGGAUGAAGAGAAGGAGCGCAAGUCAGAAUGUCUUCCCCCCGAGCCCCCAGCAGACGACCCCGACAGCGUCAAGAUAGUUUUCAAACUGCCUAACGACACCAGAGUAGAGAGGCGGUUCCUCUUCCAGGAGUCUCUGACGGUAAUAUACGACUUCCUGUUCUCAUUGAAGGAGACCCCGGAGAAAUUCCAGAUAGUUACCAACUUCCCCCGCCCGGGUCCUGCCCUGCCUUCCCACGGAGGAGCAGCCCAACCCCCAGCCUCAAAGAGGCCGGCCUCAGCCGUUCCGAGGUCCUCUUUGUUCAGGACCUCACGGACGAUUGACACCUAGCUGACCCUCUCUCUCUCUUCCAACGUGAGGAAGUCAGCUGUUCCUUGUUUCUUCCCCAUUUUUUUUUUUUUUUUUUUUAAAUGGCCGUUGUGCGCUAGGGGUCACUGUCUGAAAUAAUGGAACAAACUCUAACCCAGAAAGAAUUUAAGCCGUCAGCCCUGAUACUGUUGUUUUUAAAAGGAGAGACAUGUCAACUCCUGUACAUACGUUAGAUAUUUAAAGAACAAGGCUGAUAAAAAGCACCGCUUAUUUCUUAUUUUUAUUAUUAUUAUUAUUCAAAGUUGACUCUAUAAUGUAAUUGUCUUGAGACGACCAAACAAGCGAGGGGUUGAGUUUCCGUACCGCCUGCAGUUUAGAACGACAACCCAGUUCAACAAGAAGAGGGCCACAGCUUUCACCUAUCUCUAGUAUAACAGUCUGCCUGUGGUGACUCAUAGAUGCCUAUUUCUCCUGUAUCAUCGGAAUGGGCUGGUCAUGUUUAAGAUGUCAUUUUCCAACAACUAUAAAUUAAACAUUUUUAAAAUGUGA